GAUGCCAUGGAUGACGAUUCAAUAAUGAUUACCAAAUUGAACGUCACUGUUAAGACGUUACACCCUCACACUACGGCGCAUGCUGAGGGGAGCGCUAUCCUCCUACAGCGCAUGCGCGGAGUCAUGUAUUUAUGAAAAAAGGUCACGAACUCUGACCCUCCCACCAACAGAGGCAAACUGAUAAAAUAUAAAUUUUUGAAAGAAAUACUUUAUUCAGCGUACAGGCUUUACGACGGGUAAGAAACAAUUCCUGAUGUUGACGCAUAAGUGGUUCUUGAAGGAGACUAGGCUGGUCGAGAACACCAGAAAGGAGGGCGAGAGUUGAGUGGCUGUGCAACAAGGAAGCUGCCAUUAGCCACCUGCUAGCAGAGACCAGACUAGUAAGUUAACAUUUCCGUUCGGCUCACGGGGUUGACGUCCCACAUUCGACAGGUGAGCACCGAUGUGAAAAACGGUGAAAAAAAGUGUUUGAAACAUCAGAAUGGAUGGACAGACUCAAAGAAUUCAGCUUGUGUCUGCGGACAACAACGUGGCUUUAGGACACAGAAUCCAGAUUGUAACAGAUCAGCAGACGGGCCAGAAGAUCCAGAUAGUCACAGCACUUGAGCCCUCCUCUCCUGGAAAGCAGCAAUUUAUUCUCGCCAAUGCAGAGUAUUCCCCCGGUGGGAAGGUGAUCCUGACCAAGCAGGAAGGCACGUCCAACAAGGUCAUCUUGGCUGCUCCAGAUGGCUCUGGGGUCAACCAGCUGCUGUUUGCAUCCCCUGAUCUGGCUGGACAGCAGAUCCAGUUUGUUACUGAUGGUUCAGACCAGUCUGUUCUGAAGCCUAUUGUGGAGUACUGUGUUGUCUGUGGUGACAAAGCUUCUGGGCGUCAUUACGGUGCAGUCAGCUGUGAGGGCUGUAAAGGCUUCUUCAAACGCAGCAUUAGGAAAAACCUGGUGUACACAUGCAGAGGCUCUGGAGAGUGUGCCAUCAAUAAACUUCACAGGAAUCGGUGCCAGUACUGUCGGCUGCAGCGCUGUAUAGCUCUGGGCAUGAAACAAGAUUCUGUGCAGUGUGAGAGGAAGCCAGUGGAAGUAAAUGCCAGAGAGAAAUCUAUGAACUGUGCUGCAUCAACUGAGAAGAUCUACAUCCGCAAGAACCUGUGUAGCCCUCUGGCUGCCCAACCCACGUUUGUGUCCGACAAAGAAACUGCCAGGUCAACGAGUUUGCUCGAGUCAAGUAUGUUGCUUAACAUCCAACAACCUUUCUCCAAGCUGGAAAACAGCAUCUUGAUCCCAACCUCCCCUGAAAAGGAGCAUCCUUCGCAAGGUGACCUUGGAACUCUGGCUAAUGUAGUAUCUUCCCUCGCGCACCUCAACAAGAGCAGGGAGGCCAGUGAUGGCGGCAGUGAUCUAAUGGGAGUUGAAACGUUGAGCAAUGGCGACAGCUCCAUGACAGACAUGCACGGAGAUGAACAAACUGCAAGUGAAAUUACUCGAGCUUUUGACUCACUGGCUAAAGUCCUGCACCCUGGUGAUGUCGCAGUAAGACAUUCUCUGGAGGCCACGAUGCAGCUGAUGUCGGGUGACCAGUCCGGGACUGUAGUGGAGCUGGAGGGACCUCUGCUCUCUGACAGUCAUAUUCAGUUCAAGCUUGUAAUGCCGUUACCUGUGCCAGAGUACCUGAACGUCAACUACAUCUGUGAGUCGGCCUCCAGAUUACUGUUUCUCUCUAUGCACUGGGCACGCUCCAUACCUGCCUUUCAGACGCUUGGUGGAGAAGACAAUGACAUCAACUUAAUGAAGGCCUGCUGGAAUGAACUCUUCGCUCUGGGUUUGGCUCAGUGUUCAGACAUCAUGAACGUUGGUACCAUCUUAGCUGCCAUCGUCCAGCAUCUGCAGACAAGCUUACAAGAAGAUAAGCUGUCUCCAGACCGGGUGAAGCUGGUGAUGGAGCACAUCUGGAGGAUGCAGGAGUUCUGUAACAGCAUGUCCAUACUGUCACCAGACUCUUUUGAAUAUGCAUACCUCAAAGCCAUCGUCCUCUUCAGUCCAGAUCACCCCGGCAUUAAUAACACCCCACAGAUUGAGAGGUUUCAGGAAAAGGCUUACAUGGAACUUCAGGAUUACGUAACCACGACCUACCCUGAGGACUGCUAUAGGUUGUCCAAGCUGCUGCUGCGUCUCCCAGCCCUUCGGCUCAUAAGUGCAGCAGUAACAGAGGAGCUGUUUUUCGCUGGCCUCAUUGGCAACGUGCAGAUUGACAGCAUCAUCCCCUACAUCCUGAAAAUGGAGUCCACUGAUUACAACAGCCAGCCGCUCUCUGAAGGCGUCUGACCUCGUGUGGUGUGGAGUAAUCUCAACACUGCACUGCUGAACUCGGUUUUGCAGACUGGUCACUGAACAGUUCCAACCUUCUUUAUUUAUGAGACUGCCUCCUGUGUGAGUUUUCUCUUCAUUUUCAUUUGCUCCAACCUCUGGCUCUGCUGCAACCAGAAGUGGCGCAAGACUGAUAAAGUGGACAAAAUGAACAUCUGCCGGUUCAGGAAAAACAUACGUAUAUGAUAGUGCUUUUUAUUGUACAUGGGAUUUUAUGCUAAAUUUUCUCCAAGGCUUUUCUGCAGAUCAAAUUUGUAUUUGGAAGAAGUCUGGGUGCUUUGUUUUUCACUGCUUUCAUACAUGACCAUGCUUUUUUAUUUUCUUAGGAUUAUGAAGAAAUAUAUCUUGUCAUAAUGUGAACUGAUUUUGUGAAAUGUUAUUAUUGCUGAAGGUUAAAACCUUUUAUUUUCAAAAUAGCUUGCCAAUCCAAAGGAAAUGGCGGCGUCAUCUCUUUGCCAUCAUGGACGAUCAUUCACGUGGAAUUGAAACAUUGUGUGUAUAUGUGUAUAUAGAAUGUACCAAGAAGGCUACAUUGGGCAGCACUUGGUAAUACCUUGGAUUCAGUCUUUUGGACAAAGGAGAAACAAAUGUGUCAUUUGACAUUAAAAAUACUUGUGGUAGUUCUGUCAUUUAA